GGGGACAUAUGACGCCGGAGGAAUUUCUCUGGCUGUCCCUGUCCUUUGUUAAACGGCUGUUUUUUUUUUUGUUGUUGUUUGUUUGUUUUUUUCUUGGCCACCCUCUUGUGUAAGACAAGAGGGCGAGAGGCAGAGGAGAGUGAGAGAGAGACAGACAGAAAGAAAGAAGAGAGAUGUCGGAACCAGCCACCAACCCCGCUGCCACCUCGUUUUCAGCGCCAGUUAUUACUUUACCUUUGGGACUGGCCGUAUUGAGGACUUAUUCCGGAGCUCUCAUCUGUUUAGAAAUAUUUUUUGGUGGCCUUGUAUGGAUCCUGGUGGCUUCCUCCGCUGUGGCCGUGCCCCUGCUCCAGGGCUGGGUGAUGUUUGUCUCUGUUACCACCUUCCUGUUCUCCUCUGCCUACCUCGCAUUCCUCAUCACUGGUUUGGCUGACCGCAUCACUACUGACUGGAACUUCUUGGAUGUUUUUUACCAUUUCAUCGCUUUACUCUUCUACUUUGCUGCCUUUGUGUUGGAGGCAGCAACAACGGCAGCAAGUAAAAAUGCUGUCAUCGUUACUCAACCAGGUCAACCCCCAUGCCUAACCACCCCUCUUGGCAACGUAUUCACAGUCCUGAGUGGCAGGCGGUACGGUAUUAACGUGGCAGCCACGAUACUCACGUGUAUGGUGACGCUAUGCUAUGGCUGCAGUAUGGUGAUGGGCUUCAAGAGGUGGAGGAAGUAACUGGGAAAAUGGACAUGAACUAAUUUUCCAACUGCUUCAUAUCUUCAUCAUGUAAUAAAACACGAACCACAGCGCAAAGUCCUCCUUAGAGAGUUCAGCCAAGUGCACUCUGUUAUUUCCUAAUAGGACAUUCUUGUCAGAAAGUGAUCACUACAUCAAAGGUACAGUGGGAAAAGUAUAGAUGACAAAAAGUCUCGGCCUCCGACAAAACAUCUGGCACGACUUCUGGACACUAAUGUUCCUACAGUAAUUUGUUGUAAGAUAUUGAAAUCACGACCUUUAUGUAGCUUCUUGUGGGGCUUUUAAAGGUAUUUUGAGGAUAGGGUUAAAGAAUGGUAGUUUAUAGGCCUCGUUAUCAGCAUAUGGAUUUGAUUUAUUUGUUGCUAACCAAGAGUUUUGCAACUUUUAAUGCUAAUCAUUCGGAAUUGAUAUGGGAUGAUAAGGAAUGCUGUGAGCGGAUAUAUUGCACAGGAUUUUGAGACUAGUAAGAGUCAUUAAAAUGAUUAAAAUGAUGCUUGAGUUUUAUUUUCCUUUCUAUUAUGUUAAGCAUACAGAUAAUGUCCCAGUUUCUAAAUCAUAGCUCCACUGGAAGAAACAUUUCCCAUUUUCAGUUCCAUUAAAAAGAUUUGAUUACUUUGAUGGCACAAUAUGUUUCAGAGACCAUAAAUAGCAACCACAUUAUUCCCACUGUCUUUUACGUACCCUGGUGCUAAGGAGCUGUGAACUUUAAUUUUAACGCUACUGUUAUGAUAUGUUCAGGUGCCUUAAAUGAUGAUCUGAUGUUUGAAUGUCUUCAUAUUUUUGAUUUCAUCAGUACACUGGCCACUGACUGUUUUUCAAACUAUUGUAACCGACUGUACACUUUCUCUCAUUAUUGGUCAUGUAAAACAUUUAUUACUGCUCUUCUGUAGCUGACAUCAGUGACUUGCAAGUAAAGAAAAUCAAUAAUUUAACCUUUUCAUUAAUUUAAAAAAAAAUAUUUUAAAUAGUAUGUUUUUAGUGUUUGACCUUCAUACUUUAACUGUGUUGAUACCUUAUUAAACAGCUUGAAUCAAUCACUAUCUUACUUGCUACUUGUUACAGCAUACUUUUGUUUGUGUUAAGUAAUUAAAAUAUUAUUAUUAUUAAUUGUUUUGACACCUGCUUGUUUGACAUUUUAACACA